AUGAAGAAUCACGACCACCGCGGCGGCGGCGGAAAGGGUAGGGAAAAGGAAGAGAUGGCGGCGGCCAGGAGAGAGAGUAGCAGAAGAGCGGGAACAGAUGACGACGCUGCGGUGGAGGAGCUGCUUCGAUCUGCUCAAGACGAGAUUAUGCUGAAGCUUUCCGUAGAUUCUCACAUCUCGAAGACUCCCAACGGCAGCGAUUCCCUGCCUUCCGAUCUCCGCCGUCGACUUGACGCCCUAAAAUCAGUUCCUGCCUCCACAUCCUCCGCCGCCCUCAAAUCGGCUUCUGCUUCCUCGUCCGCCGUUGCAUCCGCUGGGCAAUCGCAGGACGAUCUCAUGGCCAGAUUCGAUGCUCUCAAGGUCAAAGGCAGAAGCGGCAGUGGAGCUGCUCCUGUUCUUCCUUCCCCUGAUCUCACCGGAAGCGGAGGAUUCUGUACCGUAGACGAAGACGACGAGGAGGAUGAGGUGGAGAAGAUUAUUAGGUGGGCCAAGGAUGCUGCCCGUCUGGAUCCUUCUCCGCCGUCCGACGACGAUGACGACUGCCACAGCGAUGAUGACGAUGACGGGGAUGUAACUGAAUAA